CAGAAAAUAGAACAACACAACCGGAUCCGGGCAAGAUCCCAGGCGGUGGUGAGGACACAAUCAAUGUAAUGAUGUUAGCGAGUGUUGUGUCUGUGUUGGCCUUAGUUGUUGCUAUAGCUGCAAUAUGUGUCGUCUGCUACAAAAAAAUCAGCUCGAAGUCAUCGGUAGCUGGUCCAUCAAUAAAUCUAAGACCUUCAACAGCUCGAACAAGGUUUAUUCGAAAUGGUCGCCGGACUCCAAUCGCUUUGGAAGUACCUCCAAUGUCAGAGUUUCAUCGAAGCGACACUAUAAGAGAAUAUGACGAUAUUCAAUCGUCUGAACCAUAUUACACCAGAAUUCUGUCUUAUGACAGCAUGUAUUUAACGCCUAGUAACACGUUCAUGAGAUGCUCUGACCCUCCACCACCUUACGAUCUAGAAUCAGCACAAUAUAUAGACAAGGAAUGUAAUGAAGUAGACAACGCAUAUGCCGUGAUUGAGGACGACAUUUCAACUGCAGAGAAGAUUUGAAGACGAAUUAGAAUUUCAUAUAUAACAUGGUGUCGGAUAAUCAUAAAUUGAACUUUUAAAAUAAUGUGUAUUCUUAUAGAAAACGCUGUAAUUACAAAAAGAUACUCGGGUUAACAAAUUUUUAACACUGUUUAUAUAGAUGAAAAAAAAAGACUUUCUGUCACGUAGAAUCUAACUGAAACUGUUCAAAGUGCAAAUCGUACCAAAACUACUAGUAUAUAAUCCAUAAAUUUAUCAUAUGAAAAAGCAUGACAGUUCACAUAUAUUUAACAUUUGAAAUUUUAUUCAAUAUAUGUUUUUGUUAACAGAUUUUUUUUUGUAUCUGGUUCUGAUUUAACAAAUGUUAUUUUACAUACGAGAAGCAAAAUGAUUUUCAAAACAUAUGUUUUACAUAUGUGGUUCCAAACAUACCUUAUACAUAUGGUGCAUUUUACUUGUGUAUUUCUGUGUUGACUGUUGUUAUAGAGGCCCUGAUUUAUCUUGUAGUUUCUAUAUGGCUCAUUAUUCUUACUAAAACUUGCCACAAACUGUGUCUGUUGUAUGAAACAUUGUCAAAGGAGUCGUAUUUGGUUUGAUUGUACUAGUUUUAUCUUUUUCCACGUUGCAAUAUGUGUUUCUUGAAUGUUCUCAUUCCAAUAAAAAAGUAUAUUAAGAUUUAUUCUCUAUGACUUGUUUAAUUUCUACCGUUUUAAUAACGUUAGUAUAAUAAAAGUUACUUAGAAACGUGCGUAUUUUUGUAUUUAAUUGAAGCAUAUUUCUCUUUGCUACAUAAUAUGUAUUUGUAAUAUGUAAGUUUAAUAUUUGUAUUACAAAUUAUUCAAGAAAUCAACAGUACUGUUUUAUUUUUGUGAAAGAAGACCACACUAUGUUUCCGGUCAUUCGCAUUGUUGAAAUGGGCAACUGAAUCAAGAUUCAAGAUUUUUGUUGUUGUUGAAUAUAUAUUGUUAUAUUAUUGAUGAUGUGUUAAUGAAGCAAAAAUGAAAUGAGCCGCGUCACGACAAAACCAACAUAAUGGGUUUGCGACCAGCAUGGAUCCAGACCAGCCUGCGCAUCCGCGCAGUCUGAUCAGGAUCCAUGCUGUUCGCUUACCAACUCUAUAGCAAGUAGAGAAACUGAUAGCGAACAGCAUGGAUCCUGAUCAGACUGCGCGGAUGCGGAUGCUGGUCUGGAUCAAUGCUGGUCGCAAACGCAUAACGUUGGUUUUGUCGUGACGCGGCUCAAAUAAUCUUUUUACAAAUUAGGAGAAAACACAAAGACAAUACAAUACAUUUUUGUUUUAGAUAUAGAGCGAUUUAGCGAUUUUAGCCCUAAUAAAUGUGAUAUUACAUUUAUUUGUUGACGGCUUAGGAAGAUUUCUAUAUUUUGUAAGAAUCCAUUAUGUUAAUUUGCUUCAUAUGUAUAGCAAUGUAAAUAUUGUAUGUUUAUGUUAAAUAAAUGAGUACACUCUUGA